GUUGCGCAAUCCCCGCACGCGAAGUAAAUCUAUCUGCAAUCUGCACAUGCUCCCGAUCCCUUAACGGUUCGACGGAGGAGGAAAAAAAACAAAAAACGUUUUCAAGGUUAAAAGUCCUCGUUGCCUGGCCAACCAAUCAUAUUUUUUGACGCCUCAAAAGCGGCUAAAGUCGGACUAUAAAAACCGCGGGCGCUAAUAAAAGUGUGAUACGGGGACAUUAUCGGGAAGACUUUGUCCAAGCCACACCGCAGGAUCUGUUCCUCCCCCGCCCCCAAGACGAUGCAUCUGUCUCAGAUACUUUGGUCGUUUACUCUGCUGGCGCUCCUCCCGGCUCCGGUGGCCCUGGGCGAGCGAGAGUCGACGCGCCCGCAGGCUCCCACCAGCAGCGGGCCGGAAGACGCGGAGCAGUGCGCCACCUGCGACGUCCGCCAGCAAAUCAAAAGCAUGCGUCUGAACGCCAUCAAGUCCCAGAUCCUGAGCAAACUGCGCAUGAAAGAAGCUCCCAACAUCAGCCGAGAUGUGGUCAAGCAGCUCCUGCCCAAAGCGCCGCCGCUGCAGCAGCUGCUGGACCAGUACGACGUGCUGGGGGACGACAACCGGCACGCCGCCGUGGACGACGACGACGAGCACGCGGUCACGGAGACCAUCAUGAUGAUGGCGACUGAACCUGAGAGCGUGGUCCAAGUAAAAGGAGACCCAAAGUGCUGCUUCUUCUCCUUCACCCAAAAGUUUCAAGCCAGCCGCAUAUUCCGGGCUCAGCUGUGGGUGCACCUGCGUCCCGCCGACGAGGACACCACGGUCUUCCUACAGAUCUCCAGACUGACCCCGGUUUCGGACGGCAACCGGCACAUCAGGAUCCGCUCCUUGAAGAUCGACGUGAAUGCCGGAGUUAGCUCCUGGCAGAGCAUCGAUGUCAAACAAGUGCUGAGUGUGUGGCUACGGCAGCCCGAGACCAACUGGGGCAUCGAGAUCAACGCCUACGACAACAAAGGCAAUGAUCUGGUGGUGACGGCUGCAGAACCAGGACUAGAAGGGCUGCAACCGUUCAUGGAGGUGAAGCUGUCAGAGGGCCCCAAGCGUGUGAGGAGAGACUCGGGCCUGGACUGUGACGAGAACUCCCCGGAGUCCAGAUGCUGCCGUUACCCGCUCACGGUGGACUUUGAAGACUUCGGCUGGGACUGGAUCAUCGCGCCCAAGCGCUACAAGGCCAACUAUUGCUCUGGGGAGUGUGAGUACAUGCAUUUGCAGAAGUACCCGCACACACACCUGGUGAACAAAGCCAACCCCAGAGGCAACGCGGGCCCCUGCUGUACGCCCACCAAGAUGUCGCCCAUCAACAUGCUCUACUUCAACCGCAAAGAGCAGAUCAUCUAUGGAAAGAUCCCCUCCAUGGUGGUGGACCGCUGUGGGUGCUCCUGAGCCCAGAGAGCAGUAUUUAGACGCCUCCGCCUACAGACUUUUUUUUUUUUUUUGAUCCAAACACCAAUUCCAGUACUUUCCUGCAAAACACGGUGCAAUAGAACCACACUAGAGGUCCCGAUAAGCUUUCACACGUGGCAUACUGUAGCUGCUUCUGCUCCUCCAGUCAAAUGUUAGCCAUGCUGGCUUGAUGACACACACACACACACACACACACACACACACACACACACACACACACACACACACACACACACACACACACACACACACACACACACACACACACACUCGUGAAUGUGGACAGAAACGAUCAUCCCAGCAGAUUUAUACAUCCACUCCUCUCCUUGCAAACCCCCCCCCACAUACCCUCCUCGACUCGACCGAGUCCCCUCAAAAAAGAAGAACGAUUACGUGGUCACGUGCAUCGCGGCCGUUAAAAAUCCUACUCACGGAACUCGAGGUGAAGGCACAAGAAAUGCAGAAACAGAUUGUCAAGAUGUAUGAAUGUGGAGGUCAUACUCUGUACAAUGCAGUUUGCACUAUGGCACACCAAUGGAAAGAAUUGGUUGCUACCGAAAAAAAAACUUGUUGUAAAAACUGAUUUUGAUGUGUUCGUAAUGUGUACAUAGGCCUUUUUUUUUCUUUUUCCAGUAGGAGUUGCUUUUCUUAACCGCUUUUUGGUUCACGCAUAAAAGCGAGAAAUUGUAAUGCAGCAGCUCUACAUAACUAUUUCAAUAAAUAACGUUUAAAGCUUG